AUAAAAAAAUCUUUUCUUCAGGAUGAUUGUAGAGGUGUGGUUGUUUGUGGCGAGUGUGGUGUUGGCUGGGUGGGCGUACUCCAGGUGGUGCCACAACUACUGGUCGUCCCGAGGAAUCCCCACGCCUCCCUAUCUUCCCUUCCUCGGCCACAUGCACAGGCAGUUAUCUUGGUCAGUGCCUCGAUGGAUAUUUUUCGACGAGGUUUACUACAGGUAUCGCAGUGCUAGAGUCUGCGGAUUAUACGAGUUUCAUCGUCCAGUUCUGAUGGUUACAGAUCCUGACCUUCUCAAAAACAUCCUCGUUAAGGACUUUGAUCACUUCGUUAACCGAAGGCCUUUUCUGUCGGAAAAAGGAAGUAUUGUGAACGAUAUGCUUGGUAACCAAGCUGGAGAUGAUUGGAAGUCCCUGCGGUCAGUUAUGUCUCCUACAUUCACGUCAGGCAAGAUGCGGGGGAUGUUCCCCAUCAUCUGUGACAAGGCUGAUGCUCUCGUCUCGGUGUCUCUUAAAGAAGCUGUUAAGAAACCCAAUGUUGAUAUGAAACAUAAUUUUGGACGCUUCACUAUGGACGUUAUAGCUGCCUGUGCUUUUGGUAUUGAAUGUAAUUCUCUCGUGAAUGAGGAUGCAGAGUUUGCUAGAGUUGCAGACCAAUUCUUUUCAUUUUCAUUUAUAAGGGUUUUGAAAUUUACCCUUUUGAACCUUUCUCCAAAGUUCUAUAGCGCUCUGGGAUUAAAGAUAGACCCUCCCGCCGUGAAAUUCUUCACAGGUGUGGCUGAGGAAACUAUUAAAGGCAGGAAGGCUGGCCAGAGACGAGGGGACUUCCUUGAUCUCCUUCUAGACGUAAGAGCUGGACAAGAUCAUUCCACACCUACUGCCCACAAAUCAUCCACCGACCUCAACCAGUCAACCACCAGAUCCCAAAAUUUAACUGCAGCCAGCAAUCGGACCACAAUCCAUGAGUCAGCACCCAUCAAUGAUCACUCGUCAACUACAUAUUAUUUGAAUGCAACAGAUAAUGAUUCAAGUGUUACCAACGGCUCGACAACAGCCAAGAACCACUCCACCGCAGCUUCAUCUAAAAAAGUGCUGACGGACAGAUUAAUUGUGGCCCAGAGUGUGUUGUUCCUGGUCGCCGGCUACGACACAACAGCUUCCACUCUGGCCAUGACGUCCUUUCUGCUGGCUAAGAACCCCAUACACCAGCAACGUCUCCGCCAGGAGAUGCAGCAGAUAGUUGAGGAACAUGGCAACAUUACCUACCACAGCAUCAUGGAAGCCAAGUUUCUCGACGCUUGUCUCAUGGAAUCGUUGAGAAUGUACCCUCCUGCAACUUUUAUAGAACGGCAGUGCACCAAAACCUACAAGUUGCCUGGGACUAAAAUAACUUUACAUCCUGGUGACCUGGUGACCUUCCCAUUCUGGAGUCUGCAUCGGGACCCACGCUACUGGCCCGAACCAGAAAUCUUCCGGCCUGACCGCUUCCUGCCAGAAAACAAGGCCAACAUUGUCAACUUCACUCACAUGCCCUUUGGAAUGGGGCCCAGAAACUGCAUAGCCAUGCGGUUCGCCCUGAUGGAGGCCAAGGUGGCCCUUGCCAAGCUAAUAUUGGCAGCAGAAUUAAGUCUUCAGAAUGAACAAGAGGAACUGAAGCUAGCCGUGUCUCCUAUCAUUUUAAGACCAGCAAAAGGAAGCGUCAAUCUUGUCAUCAGGCCCGUAGCUGCCAGCCCAAAGAAUUAAAGAAACUACAAUCUGCCACAUGAAUCCCACAAUUUGAACAUAUUACAGCGUAUGCUAAGUGACUCUCCUUAACAAAAAUAACAUUUAUGUAAACCACGGGGAGAAGUCGUCUCGUGGCUGAAGAUAACAUGAUUCAGAUAAUCAUCUGUUGAGAGAGAGCUCGGCAAACAUGCUUUCUCUUCACAAGGGCUGAAUUGUUUCAUUUAUAAAUGACAAAAUUUUCUUUGUCUUUUCGUAUUCAUAAAUCUAAAUUAUCUAAGAUUUGUCUUUUAGUUUUCUUAUUUUUUUUGGACAUCUCUGGCUACUUUGAUGAAUUUUCAUUUUGGGAACUCUUCCUAAUUUCUAAUAAGCAUGUUAACAUCUUGAUUUUUCUCUUAAGGCUUUUUAGUGCUAUUGUAAUUUAUUGUAUGGAAAAAAUUCCCAUUUAAUUAAAUAGUAUGGGAUACUUAUUCUAUUGGUCUCGAAUUUGAAAUUGAGAUAUAAUACUAUAUCAUAAUCUAAUGACAGGUCACGAUAUAAUGGAGUCAUGUCACAUGUCUUGGACAGUCCACUUCUUAGGGUCCAGUCUGCCUUAUCAAUACUUUCCAUGUAUUUCAAUAACCAAUUGUAAUCUCCUUUUGAAAACUUGGUGUAAUAAUAUAAUUUUAUGUUGUUUAACUUUUCCAAGCUAUGUUAAACAAAACUUUCGUUAUGAACAGUUUUCUAACUUAUUCCUAUUCCAAUAUUAUUUAUUUGUGUCUACCUGUUGAUCAGCACCUUGCAUUACAGAUUGAUUUACUUGGGCAAACUGCCUUUACCUGUUCUUGGCACAGUGAAAUCUGCUGUAAUUAAAGUCAUCUUUAACAUAAACAUUUUAGGACCAAGAUGCAGCUCAUCUUUUUCCUAAUAUGAUGUCCAAUCCUUGUGCAGAGAUUAUUAUUAUUUUCAUUCAGAUCAACCCAAUUUAUUCUGUGAGUUUAGUUCAUUUCAUUCUUGAUUCCCUGUGUGGCCCCGAGUAAUAUUUUUUUUUACAAAUACUGCUACUUUCCCUCGUCAUCAAAUUUGUUUAUGUGAGGAACAGUUUCCUUUAUUUAAAAUCCUUAAUUAAAACAGGGUCCUUUAAUUAAAUAUUAUUAUUUUUUUUCAAUAAAAUCUAUUGUUUUUGUUCUGAGAGCUGCCAAAAAAAAUCUGUAUUUUGAAAAAAAAAACAAGAAACAGUGGAAGGGCAAUGAACUUUGUGUUGUAUUUCCAUUUUUUUAUAUCCAAAACAACCACUCAUGCGAUUGCUGAGUCUUUCAUAAACCAACCCACUAAGCCAGAGUCUCUUAUGUUGACCUACAUGACCUACAAUACUCUUCACCCUUUUUAAAAAAUAUAAUUAUGCUUUAUGA